AUGGAGGCGACCCCACGUGUUGACCUCCGUCCGCUCAAGCCGCUCCUUCGGGCCUAUGCCUUGGGAUAUCUCACCGUCACCGGCCCCAGGCUACUCGAUUUCCUGAAGACGCUGGGGAAGAAACACCGAUCUGCGCAAGAGAACCUCGCCAUCCUCUACAACAUCCUCAAAACCUCCACCCAGGUCAAUCGCUUCCCCGCCGCCGCCGCACUCAUCGUCGCAGGUGCAACCGUACUCCCUCGUCUCGCCCGCAGCCUCCUUCAAUGGCUCCUUUUCGCCCUCAGCAAGACCAAGGGCAUCCGGCUCAGCGGCAAUCUCAACCAUCGUAUCCACUUCGUUUGUUCUUUCCUUUCAGCCUGGCUGGCCUUUGGCCUGCUCAAUCGGGACGAGGCUUGGGUUCGUAAACGGGCCAAAUCUCGCACGGCUGCCUCGGUCGACAUGAGUAAUUUCGAGUCACCGAACCAACACCAUCUCCCUCCACCAUCGUACCAUCCUCAUUACGCGGGGAAGACCAUAGAUUUUACCUUGUUUGUUUUCUGUCGCGCUUUGGACAUUGCUGUUAUCACCGUCUGGACACGAACCCGUUCCAAGCCAUGGCAUCUGGAACACAGGAGUCCGACUCUGGCCAACUUCCUGCGCAAGAGUGCUGAUCCCUCGAUAUUUGCCGCUUCGGCCGCCAUCAUCAUGUGGUCGUGGUUCUACUCGCCUGAACGUCUGCCUCGAGCGUACAACCGCUGGAUCUCCAAGGCGGCUGAUGUAGACGGCCGUCUCAUCGAGCUCCUCCGACGGGCUCGCCAGGGUGAUUUUGUCUAUGGACAAGAUACUGGGCAAGCGCCGUUUCUGGGUGGGAUGUGCCGAGACUUGGGCCUGCCAGAAGAAUAUGGCGAUCCUACCAAGACAAUCCCCGUGCCCUGCGAGGUCUAUCAUUGCGGGACCAGUACGAGUUGCGAAGUCCACGCAAUCUCACGAUUCUGGCGCAGCUGGAAGUUUGCAAUGGAGAUAUAUGUCCCUCUGCAGGUCCUGGCCCGGCUCCGCUCCCGAAACAGCAAGGCAGCCCUGGAUGGCCUGAAAUCUGCAGCGAGGUCGUCGUCUUUUCUGGCAGCGUUUGUCGCCCUGUUUUAUUAUGCCGUAUGUCUUGCACGUACACGACUUGGCCCAAGAUUAUUCUCGUACAAGACCGUGACAGCACAGAUGUGGGAUUCGGGGUUGUGUGUUUUGGCAGGUUGUCUUGCGUGCGGAUGGACGAUUCUUUUGGAAAGACCCAGUCGACGACAAGACAUCGCCUUCUUUGUCGCCCCAAGGGCGUUGGCCACAAUUCUUCCUCGCGUAUAUGACAAACGAUACAUCUAUCGAGAGCAGGCCGUCUUUGCUUCCAGUGUUGCCUUGAUCAUGACUACAUUGAGGAUGGGCAAUGACCGUCGUGUCAGAGGUGUGCUCGGGAGGAUUCUCGGAAGUAUUUUAAAGGAGUGA